AUGUCACUGAGCUAUCAAGGUCCGGAUGUUGUGAUUGGCAAAGAAAUUACUGAGGCUAAGCGAGAAGGCAUGCUCCACCAUGCAAGUUCGUUCAUUGCGGAACCAAGCAUUUUAAAAAAAACGAAUCCGUAUAAUGUAUAUACACAAUCUGUAUUAUUAAAUGUAAAAUCUGAAGAUAUGAUCAGUAAUCUUUCCGUUUUUCAAGUUAAUCAAGAUAUUUCAGAAGAAUAUUAUAAUAACAACGAAUCAAUCCUUGAAAACAGACUAACAAAUUUAAAUCAAAGAAUUAAAUAUUACGAUUCACGUAUUUCGGCAAUAAAUGAAUAUAUUCUUGAAGUCGAUUCUCAAAUUAAUGGAUAUGAUACAUUUUUAAAGAAUUUGCAAUCAUUAGAAGAUCAUCAUAUUGACUUAAAGGGUAAAUCUGAUAGCAACAAAUUCUUAAACACUACACUUUCUCAAAUUGAAUUGUUAAAUAACUUAAUCAAGAAGUCAGAUGAUUUGAUAAAAUCUCGUCGUGCAGUGAGAAUCAAUAUCCAAUCCAAAAUAUCUGAAUUAAAACAAAAGAUUACCGAAAUUGAGUUGCAAUUUCAAAAUGAGCGCACUAAUCUGAAAAACCAGCUAAAUACAGUACAAACUGUCAAGAGUGAAGCUGUUCAAAAGUUUAAUCAAUGGAAAGCAUUAUGCACAGAAUCAACAAAAAAAAAUCAAUCUCUCAUAGCCGAAAUCUCAAAUUAUAAAUCCCAAAGGAAGAAAACGCUUGAUAGCAUUAUAUUAUUAUCAGUAAAAAAUAAUCAAAUUGCUAAUACUGUCACAUCGAUACAAAAUUCAAUUAAUUCAACGAAAAAGAUGCAUAAAAGUAUAACUGAGCAGUAUGAAAAUGAUGUAGUUGCUUAUAUGGAAUAUGUUACUAAACUUGAAGGUGAAAGAAAAUCGAUUUCUGAACAAUUAAAAAAAAUCAAACGAGAAAUUUCUGAAAUAUCAAAGGACCAUUCAGACGACAAUAAUUUAAUUCUCUCUCUCGAUACAUUAUGUAAGCUUAAGUCCAGAAAAAUUCAGCUUAUUGAUGAAUCAAACAGAAUGACUUCGAUCAAACCAAUAAAAUAUUCUCUAAAGCUAGAAAAGAAAAUGUAUAAAGAAGAGAAGUUACCGAUAUUUAAAAAAAUUGAGGAUUCGAUAAAAAGAAAUUAUGAUACAUCUGCGAAACUUUCCCAAGAGAUAACAGCGAUGUUUCAGAAGAAUGAAUCACUUAAAAAUGAUGUGAUUUUCUAUGGAUCCCAAUUAGAUCAAAUAUUUCUCAACGCAGUUUCGGAAGUUAAUCAAAAUUUAUCUAAAUCUGUAAAAUCUAGGAAUUCUGCUGACUUAAAGGUAGAACUGCAUAACAUGACAAUUGAACGGCAUAAAGUCGUUAUAAACAAGAAGAAAAUUGUAAAAGAUUUGAAAUCCAAAGUUGAAUUUCUUCAAUUAAAGAAUUCAAAGUCAAUCGCAUCAUUGUACAGAAAGAAGGAUGAAUAUGAUGAGCUGAACUAUCGAUAUAAAUUUGAUACUCGAUUUAAAAUGACUGAAAGUCAAAGAUCAGCAAUAUACUCAAUGAUUUGGCUAAAGCGAUUAGUAAGAAAUGAAAUUCAUAUAAUUAAUUCAAGUACUACAGAAACAGAAGCUUUUCUUAGGAGUUGGAUAUUUCAGUUAGAUAAAGUUCAAAAAUUUAUUAAAUGUAAAUUUUGA